CCCAUGGCAGCCGCAAGUAAGCAAGCAAACAGCACGCUAGGCUGCGAUUGCAAGCCUAGAAGCUGGCGGGGACAGUGCAUAUAUAGUGCAGAUACCGGCCAGUGCAUCGGAAGCAUGCGUCACUUGUGCCUCGUUGCUGUGUGGGUAGCAGCUCUCCAGCACUUGUGUGUGACAGCUCUCCACCAGCAGCAAAGGAGAGCAACCCCUGCCGCAUCUGUGGACCAGUCGCGCCGCCGGUUCGCACAAGCCGCCGCGAGUUCAUUAGUCGCAACCGCGCCCCGAGCCGCGAGCGCGGCGAACGAGACGCAACCUGAGUUCGACGCCGCCGCGUACUUCGGCAUCUUCAGCUGCGAGGGCUGGGGCCAGAAGCGCAUGCCCGGGUCGAACACGUGCAUGCCCAAGUGAGUCGGCGCGUCGUCGGUCGGUCGCGCGUCGUGGACGCGCGAGACGGCGCUCCGGCGCCGCGCGAUGAGCGCUCGAGUAAGAACUAUUCAUGUCU